CCUCCAGGCCGAGGGCCCCGCGAACGAUGAAGUGGAGACGGUGGCGGUCCCCCGGCCAAGCGCCCAGGCCCCGAGCGUGCUGCGCUGGUUCACCACCGCGAUCCUGUAUGCGGCCUUCUUGGGGCUGGGAAUGACUAUUGCUAUACUGGGACCCACGUUUCAAGAUUUGGCAAGAAAUGUGAACCGAAAUAUCAGCAGUCUUUCUGAAAUAUUUGUGGGUCGUGCUUUUGGAUAUUUGAGUGGCUCUGUGGUUGGUGGCAUUCUUUUUGACUGUAUGAAUCAUUUUUUACUUUUGGGGAUGUCACUGGUGGCCACCACAGUGGGUCUUUAUAUUAUUCCUUUUUGCAAGACAGCCGUGUUACUGAUUGUCAUGAUGUCUGUUUUCGGCGUCUCAUUUGGCAUGCUGGAUACAGGUGGUAAUGUCCUCAUCUUGGAUAUUUGGGGGCAUGAAGGAGCCCCACACAUGCAGGCCUUACACUUCAGUUUUGCUUUGGGUGCCUUUCUGGCUCCAAUUCUGGCUAAAUUGGCACUGGAUACCCCAGUGUCUGCUGAAAACCACACAGAGCCUGCCUUUCAGCCUCCAGCCACCAACGGAUCAUCUGAAGCUAACUCAGCGCCUCUGUUUGGAUUGCCUGAUGACAUGAAUCUAUUCUGGGCUUAUGCUUUUAUCGGCACUUAUAUUUUCAUAGUGUCUGUCUUCCUGUUUGCUCUGUUUUUCAAGAAAAGCUCAAGGCAGGAAAAAUCAAAACCAUCUGCUCAGGGAUAUCGAAGAGCUGAAUAUCACAAGACCCUUCUCUGCCUCCUUUUCGUGUUCUUCUUUUUUUAUGUUGGAGCAGAGGUAACAUAUGGCUCUUACGUUUUCUCCUUUGCCACCACUCAUGCUGGCAUGGAAGAACAUGAAGCAGCUGGGUUGAACUCCAUCUUCUGGGGGACCUUUGCAGCCUUUAGGGGCCUGGCGAUCUUCUUUGCUGCCUGUCUACAGCCGGGCACCAUGAUUGUGUUGAGCAACAUUGGCAGCCUGGUUUCAUCUUUAUUUCUGGUGCUUUUCAACAAGAGUCCACUCUGUCUCUGGAUUGCCACUUCGGUGUAUGGGGCCUCAAUGGCAACCACGUUUCCCAGUGGUGUUUCCUGGAUUGAGCAGUACACGACCAUAAGUGGGAAAUCUGCAGCCUUUUUUGUAAUUGGUGGUGCCCUGGGAGAGAUGGCUAUUCCUGCAGUAAUUGGAAUUGUUCAGGGACAAUACCCAGAUUUGCCCAUAGUUCUGUACACCUGUUUGGGGUCAGCAAUAUCCACUGCUGUUAUAUUUCCUGUGCUGUAUAAAUUAGCCACCUUGCCUCUGGAUCACCAGCAAAAAGCAAAUAGAAACAGUGAGUAGCUAAAAGCUUUGCCCUUUAUUUCUGGGAUAUGAGGAAGCAAAUGAAGGGGAUGUCAGCAAAAUGGAAUGAAAUAGAUUUUGAAGCGGUGGAAAUGAAUGAUACAAUGAGGCAUAUUGUCAUAGAGAUAUCUAAAAAUAGUUUAAUGGAGCCCACAGCUGAAGACUCUGACUCCUCUCAAAUAAGGUAAUGUUUGACUCUUCUUCAGUUAAUAUUGGUGAUUCCCCUAUGAAGCAUAUUGUCCAAAAACUGGACGAAAGAGACUAACGCUAAGAGAAGAUGGAUAAUUUACUGACUUCCUUGAAUAAUCUCCAGUUCUAAAGAAGGCAGAGCAGCAUUAGAAGCUCUGGGCAUGCUUUGGGCAUCAAAGUUUCCAGAUCCAUUUAUAGCAAAUGCUAAAAGGUGUUGAAAUAGUAUCUUCAUUCCCAGACUGUUUCACAAACUGUCAUUUAACAUUGUGACAAAUUUUCAUUGAUGGUUUUUUGAAGAUUCUAUUUUAUAAUCAAUGCCUUUGAUUCAAUGAUGUAUAGUAAUUCAUUCAAUUAUGGAUAUUAUACUAUAUUCACUGAUGUCUUAAAAGUUAUUUUAUAAGCUAAUUUAGUCUCUAGUGAUGUACAAAUGGGAUUUGGAGAUACUAUGUUCUGAUAUUAGAAGCUAUUUGAGUUAGUAUAUUAAUAGCAGAGGCGUAGAUAGGUCUUUUGAGGCCCCUGGCCUACCUCAGUAACAGAGGCUGGGUCUAGGUCUUUCUGUUUCAAGACUUGACUCUCACUGGGUUUGGCUGAUAAUCUCAUAUUAAGUACUGUGAACCAGGCUAGAAGUUCAGGGUUGGGAAUUCUUGUGUCACCCACCCAGGGCUGAUCCUCCCUGAGUUUGAAAUACCUAGGAAACCAAAGUAAAGAAAGAUGAGGUGACUUGGUGGCCCAGGCAUCAGGGAUGAAAAAGGGAACUUCAUAUAAGUAGGGCCAAACUGCUGUGGCUAUCCUUCAAUAAAUGACUAGAAUUGAUGAGAGAUUUUGUUUACCUUUCCCAAGUUUUUAUGCUGAGUGACCUCAAAUUUUUACUGGGAUACAGUAUGUUUGCUAUCUAUUAUCUAAUUUCUAUAAAUUUGCUUUUGAAAAAAAAAAUUUGGUUUGUCUUACUGACAUAUGCCACAUUUUUUGGCCCCUGCCCAUUUGCUUUGCAUACCCAUCACAUUAUUUAGGUUUCUGUUAAGAACCUAACAAUGUGGAGAGGGCUGGUGGAUAAAUUAACAAAAGAGAGACUGUUUCUCUUUCUAUACUGUACUUUUUCCUUAGCCAAAGCUUGAAAUUACCUCUGCUCCCUUUACUGCUCUUCCUUGGGCUGUUGGGCCUUAGUCAGCAGCAGUGGUCUGUCUGUAGGGAGGCUCCUUACUUCAGGGAUUCCACUGUCAGCUUCUACUUCUAGAGAGUAGGAGAUAGAGCCGUGCUGGGCUCAGGGGUGCAUGCCUGUAAUCCCAGCAGCUUGGGAGGCUGAAGCAGAAGGAUCACAAGUUCAAAGCCAGUCUCAGCAACUUAUUGAGACCCUGUCUCAAAAUAAAAAAAAAAAUAAAAAGGGCUGGGGAUGUGUCUGAGUGGCUAAGCACUCCUAGGUUCAAUCCCCAGUACCAUUCAAAAAAAAAAGAAAAGAAAGACAGAAAAACAAAAAAGAGUACACUUGGAACAUCAUGCAAAUUCCAUAAAUUAAAAAUGGAAUGGCUUUUGUGUUAUGUUUGCAACACUCCUAGAUGAGGCUCUAUUGCUGGCCCAUGGACCACACGUGAGUCAGGAAGGACCACAUUUUAGGGAGUUUGAACACUUUGCUGUUUAUGGAAAUUUUGUCUAUCUUGUUUUAAAUCUGAUUUUAUUUUGUCCUUAGGAGUUUGCAAUCCCUGUGUACCCUCUAUACAUACGUAAGACCCACUACACCCCCACACAACCCUCUAUACACACACACAAAACAAUUAUCUUUAGUCUUCUCCCUUUAUCUCAUUGACUUUUGAUGAUUCAUUCCACGUAUUUGUGGAGUACCUCCUAUUUUGCCAUCUGUGUGAGAAAGGUCAGGUUGACACUAGUGAAAGAUCAGAGGUUCCUGCCCCCAUGGAACUUUCUCUCUAAAGUACAAUCCAGCAGAAGUUUCUGGGAUGAUGGACAAGGUCUAUAUCUGCAUUUCCCAGUAAUAGUACUGGUGACAUUGGGGUGAAUUUAGCUUGCAAAAUAUUGUAUGAUACCAAAUGCAUUUUUAAUCUAACUUAAAUUUAAGUACUAGAGGCCUAAUGUGAGAAAUAAGGCACCAAAUAAUUCAUCACAGAGGGUGUUUCCAGGAAGGAUUUGUUUGCUGUUGUCUUAGAAAUUAACAUGUACACAGGAUAAGAAAGGCUGUGUAGAUACCUUGUUAAAUGGAAUAAUGUAAAUUGUCAUGGCCUUUCAGAAUGCUCUGAUCUUAAUAAAUCAGGAUAGUAGACAAUGGUACUUAGUGGCUCCCAAAUAGAAGGUUUGUACCUCACUUAUGUGUCAAAGAAGCCAGCAGGCUGGUGACUUUGGUAGUCAGGAAGAAGAUUUAUGCUCCUUUCCCUAAAUGUACUUUGAUCAGUGGGCAUUCGAGCUAGAUUGAAUUGGAGUUUGAUUUUCCUUUUUCUUUUUUUUUUUUUUUUUUUUUUGAGUCAAGUUCUUACCAUGUUGUUCAGGGUUGCAUCAAACUCCUAGGUUCAAGUGAUCCUCUGACUCAGCCUCCCAAGUAGUGGGAAUACAGUCAGGCUCAAAGUGUGCAACUUUUGGUUGGAUUUUUAUAUUUGUGUUUGUUUGUUACAGAGGAUUGAACUCAGGGGCACUCAACCACUGAGAUACAUUCCCAGCGCUAUUAUGUAUGUUAUUUUGAGAUAGGAGCUCCUGAAUUGCUUAGCACCUUGCUUUUGCUGAGGCUGGCUUUGAAUUUGAGAUUCUCCUGCUUCAGCCUCUGGAACCCCUGGGAUUAUAGGCAUGUACCACCGCAUCCAGCUGUGUAGUUCCAUAGUUAAUGAUUUAAAAUUUUAUAUGUUGAAAGUUUAUGAUCAAAAGAAUUUUUAUUUUCCCACAUUUGUUCAGCAGUUAUUUUAAUUCUCCUAUCCUCUAUUUCUUCUUUGUUUCUUUCAAAGAUGAUAGGUUUCUGCACUGAAUACCAAUUCUUAUAUAUUUUCUUGUUUUCCAUUUGGUUUAGGGGUUUUGUUUUGUUUUGUUUGCAGUACUAGGGAUUGAACCCAGGACCUCGCAUGUUCCAGGCAAGCCUCUACCACUAAGCUACACUCCCAGAUUUUGGUUUAGGUUUUUAAUUUCAAAAUGAAUUCAGUAUCUGGUCCUAAAUUUAUUGCAGUUUGCCUUUGAUACAUUUGGUUAUGGGUUACUGGGUGGGCUGGAGAAAGGUUUUGAAAUUAUCUGAUGACAUGAGUAGCACAGGAGACUGGGCCUUUUAGCUUUUUUUUUAGCUUUUUUUAACUUGUAUGAGGUGCUUUUACAAAACAUGUGUUUUUGAUGAUGUAUGAUGUAUAAAAUGCAAAUCUUACUAUAUUAUCCAUUUUCAAGUGUGCAGCCUAGUGGCAGGAAGAAAAUUCACAUUGUUGUGCAACCAUCACCACUAUCCAUCCACAGAACUCUUUUCAUCUUGCAAAAGUGAAACUCUGUACCCAUCAAGUAAUAACUCCCUGUUCUACUCACCCACCAGCCCCUAGCAGUGACCAUUCUCCUGUUUUUGAUUUGCCUACUGAAAGUACCUCAUACAAGUGAAAUCAUACAUUUGUCCUUCCAUUACUAGCUUCUCUGACUUAGCACAAUGUCUUCAAAGUUCAUCAGUGUUGGAGCACAUGUCAGGACUUCUUUCCCGCUUCAGCCUGAAUAAUAUUCCAUUGUGUGUAUGUUCCACAUUGUGUUUAUCCAUUCAUCUGUGCAGGGAUAUUUGGGUGCUUCUAUUUUUGGCUAUUGUGCAUAAUGUUACUAUAAAUGUGAAUACAUAAAUUUCUAGACUCUAUUUUCAGUCCUUUUCGGGUAUAUACCUCUAAGUGGAUUAGGUGGUAAUUUUAUUUUGAAUAUUUUGAGGUGUUUUUAUUGUUUUGCUUCAUUAGUUUUGGUUAAUCCUAAUCCAAGACACCAACUAUAAGAAGCACAUAGGAAAACACAUGCUUGUUUAUAGCUUCAAACCAUAGAAGAACUUUUGGCCUAUUAUAAUCAGCUUAGCAUCACUCAUGUAGUGGGGAAUGAACUCAAAGAACGGUUAUGUCAGGCAUAUCUACCUCAUGCUUUUGCUAUCUCUCCUUCCAUUUUUGUUCCAUAUUUGAGCAAGUGUUUGAGAUCUUACCAUGUGCUAGGCACCACAGACUAAGCAUGAAUGAACUUCCUCUCUUGUCUAAUCCCUAUCAUGUGAUUUGGGGUUUAGAUCACAAUUUUCUGCUAACUGAAUUGUCUUGUGCCCCUUUGUUUACAAACAUGCAGAUCCCUCUGACUGUCUGGUAGCAGAUAGUCUGUGCUCAGGAAACCAUGGGUUAGGCUGCUCUCACCACAGCUCUGCCCCUCCCAGGGACUAUUCCCUCCUCCUUCACUUUGUGGGUCAUCCUCUGAAUAUUUCUGGUCCAGAAUCAGAAGGAAUUUGUCUGACCUGAGUAGAUGUCAUUGUCUUUAUAGGCCUAGCCCUAGAAUUUCCUGGUCAGCCUAAGGAUGGGUUGAUCUUGGCUUGAUGCCACUGCUUUCUUGACUGAUUGUCCACCUCUAUAUUCCAUUCUGAAUACAAGGAACAUUAGAAACUAAAGGGAUGAUCCGUUCUCUAUCAUGAUAGGACUCAGCUCAGUGACUCUUGCUAAUGGGUUCCUAAGUGGGACUGGUAGGCCCUAGAAGCGAUGAACUGGUUCCUCUUUUCAAUUGGAAUGAACAAACAAAAUCAAAGCAAAUUGCAGAUUUUUGUUAGUGGUUAGUGAACUAUGAUCUUUAUCAAGGAAAAUAAGCACUGUCCUAAAGGGAUAUCAUUUAUACUUGAGUGAACUGUGAGUAGGAGAUAACUGUUAAAACACCAAUCCCUAAGGAUCAAGAAGUUUCCAAAUUCAUACAGUUCAGUCCCUUAACAGAUAGUGUCUCAGCAUUUUCCAUUUUGGAAACCAGGGCCCUGUGGACAAAAUAGGAGAAGACAGGUGGGAUUCUUGUUUCGUGGAACUUAUGUUUUACUAUUUCAAGUAAGGUUUCUGGACACCAAUUCUAUUAGCUGAAGAUCCAGUAAAGCUUAUUGCAAUUGUUUUCACACAGUUCUGGUAAAGCAACUUAGCUGAGCUCUCUGUCCCUGGUAUGUGUUUGUGUUUGUACAUUUCCAGUACUUUUAUAUCUUUGGGAAGUCCUACUUGAUUUGGAGUUUGGUAAAAAUACUUCGCACAGUGCAGGUGAGAUUAAUACAGUCAAGCCUGCCUAAGAAGUCUGAAACCAAUGUUGGGAUUUGCUAAGUGCACAAAGAAGACAUUUAUGGUUGAGCUGGAUUAGGGUUUUAGCUCCCAACACCCUGGGUAACUGAGCAGCUUCUCAGUCUCAGUUUUUUUCCUGAUCCCUUGCAGAAAAUUUUACCUCUAGGAGAAGAAUACCCUGAUCUGAUCCAAACACCCUUUGCCUUGUUGAAGAAUGACUCCAAGACUGAGCAUUUCAGAAAGGAAAUACUCACCUGCAAAGGAAGCAAGGGAAGUCUUGACUUGAAAGAAAAAAAUUAAAAAACUGCCAAGGUUUUGAAGCGUGCAUUAGUGUGUUCAUGAUGGAAAAACAGAAGAGCCUUGCAUGGUUAUGUUCAUGAAAGUCACAAAAAACCUUUGGGCAUGUUACAGCAAAAAUCCAUGGUGGAAAAUUGCUUUGGCAGAGAGUAGGGGUUCAUGGCAAACAUCCAAGGAUAUCUAUAUGUAUCUCAGUAUAAAGAUAUAUAUUUAUAUCUCAGUAUAUAUAUAAUCAGAACCAGUUAGAUGACACUAUCAUUUUGGUCUUAUCUCUGGGUUGAAAGUUUUUUUCCUUUCCUGGACUGUGAUAUGUCAAGUGCUUACUGAUACGAAGCAGAGCAAAGUGACAUUAUGCUUCUGCAACCCUCCAGAAUCCAUAAACCCCAAGAGGAAAAAUUAUCCAAGGGAAAAGCAUGAUUGCAGAGUGUAUUUUUGUUCCUAAGUCCAAGUGAUAAGCCUUUGAUCCAGUGUUUUGCUCUGGCAAAAGGUUAGGUCUAAGUCAAUACUUUUGUUUGAAAUCCUUCCUAAAACACCCAUCCCCCACCUGCUGGUUGCCUUUCUAGGUAGUUUUCACUCAUCAAUUUUGAUUGCAGUGAGGGGCUGGAAAAGAUAGGGGUGAUCUUGUAGAAUCACAUGGCAGUGUCUUAACACUGCCAAUGCCCAGCACUUUUACUUAAGUAGCAAUUUAAUUGGACUUCAGUAGAGUCUGAGUACUGAUAUUCUAAAUGUUCUCCUGUAAGUGUAAUGCUCAGCCAAGGUUGAGAACCACUGCCUUUGAUAAUGCAGAGAAGUGGAAACUCUGCUCAUCAGAGGGAUUUUUAAAGACUGAUUUAUAACACAGUCAAGUCAUUUUUUGUUUGUUUGAUUUACAAUGCCUAUUUAUUUCUAUGUGGUGCUGAGGAUUGAACCCAGUGCCUCACCAGUGCUAGGCAACUGCUCUGCCACUGAGUUAUAGUCCAGCCCAAGUCAUGCUUUUUUGAUUGACACUGCACUUUCUCUGAUGAGCAAGCAGAGAGGAAAAAAAAAAAUCUGUUUUCUAUUACUUCUGCUACUGCUUGAUCUAAAGGAAUAGUCAAUACUUUUGUUUGAAGUCCUUCUGAAAACACUCAUCUCCAACCUGCUGGUUGCCUUCCUAGGUAGUUUUCAAUAAUCAAUUUUGAUUAUUGAAGGGGCUGGAAAAGAUAGGAGCAAUCUUGUAGAUUUAUUAUAUCUCUGUAUAAAUGUAUUUAUUAAUUAUAUGGCUUUGUACAAAAAUUUUUUGAGUAAAGUAUUGUUAUAAAUAAAUAAUGAUGUUGGUGUAAAUAAAA